AUGUUUUCAGAAGGCCAUGGCACUUCAAAGGGUGCCGAUGGCUCUCAAGAGCAGCAGGUUACACAUCCCGACGGCCCCCCGUCGUCCAAUCUCCAUGUGACUCCCGAAGCGCAAUCAAGUCCGUUCCGCACUCGCAUCGAGCUGCUCUCUGCGCGCGUUCCCGAUUUCUACAUCGCGCCAUUCUGCGGAGCCAGUGCCGGCGUGGCAUCUGGAAUCGUAACAUGUCCCCUCGACGUGAUUAAGACCAAGCUGCAGGCUCAGGGAGGGUUUGCACGAAGAGGGCCUAAUGUUGUCGAGGCCAAAACACUAUACCGAGGCAUGCUGGGCACGGGCAGGAUGAUAUGGCGAGAAGAUGGUAUUCGAGGUCUCUACCAAGGACUGGGCCCCAUGCUGCUUGGAUAUUUGCCCACGUGGGCCGUCUAUCUAGCAGUGUAUGACCGGUCUCGGGAAUACUUUUAUGAAUCUACCGAUAGCUGGUGGCUCUCGAGAGGUUAUGCUUCCAUAUCGGCUGGUGCUUGCUCCACGAUAGCAACCAAUCCAAUCUGGGUGAUCAAAACACGACUCAUGUCCCAGAGUACCAAAUCUAAUAGCGAGGGUUUCCGGGCCCCAUGGCAAUAUUCUGGCACGUGGGACGCGGCUCGCAAAAUGUAUAGGACCGAGGGAAUCCGUUCAUUCUACUCCGGACUUUCACCCGCCUUGCUAGGACUGACGCACGUGGCCAUCCAAUUCCCGCUGUACGAGUAUCUGAAAAUGGCUCUGACUGGCUAUGGAAUCGGAGAGCAUCCCGACAAUGGAAGCUCCCACUGGAUCGGAAUAUCCUUUGCUACGUUCCUAAGCAAGAUAUGCGCGAGCACCGUGACAUACCCCCACGAGGUACUACGGACCAGGCUACAAACCCAGCAAAGGACCUCGCCUGCGCCAUCGCCCGAGGAGAUUGCAUUCCGUGGCGGACUGGACCACCCCCAGGACCGUGGUAGGCCUCCGGGUGCCGCAUCGUCUGAUGGCAUGCCUAACCGACCCCGAUAUACAGGGAUUGUCCGUACAUGCCAGACCAUUCUGAAAGAAGAAGGAUGGCGCGCAUUCUAUUCCGGGAUCGGCACCAAUCUAUUCCGAGCCGUUCCGGCUGCCAUGACCACAAUGCUAACAUAUGAAUAUCUUCGCAAACUCAUCGGCAACCUUCAGCACGAAGGGUCGUUGAAGCGGAAAUUGGAGGAGGAGACGCCAGAAGAUCCAGUUGGAAUAUAA